AUGCAAGCAGCUGCACUCCGAGCAACUUCUAGAACAAGUCAGCACCGAACAAAGCGACCUCUGAGGAUGAAAAGGAGGGUUCAGGAGCGCGUGGUUGAGGCAGGCAGACGCCGCCGCCUGGCGGACCUGUUUCAUCAAAUGGAUAUAAAUCAAGACCGUGUCCUGUCGCAAGACGAAGUAAAUCUUUUUCUGAUGAGCUCCGGCUACGACCCAGGCGCAAUCAUAGUGAGCAUAUCACAAGCAUCAGUAUAUCUUUGA